AUGCCAGUGACCAAUUUCUCUAUCCCGGAGAAGUAUCGGUACCUCAACGGCUCCCAAUCUUACCAUCAAACUGAGGCAGUUCCUGGGGCCUUGCCUGUGGCGGCUAAUUCACCCCAAAAACCGCCCUAUGGCCUGUACACUAAGAAGCUCUCUGGAACUGCCUUUAUUCCCGCUCGGAGCGAAAACUUGCAGAGUUGGUUGUAUCGAAUCCUACCAUCUGCGACACAUCUUCCAUUUGAGAGGUCCGAUAUCUCUCAGGAGCCAGCCAACAUUCAUUAA